ACAGUCACACACUCCAUGGCGAUGGCGUGGCACCUCGCCUGCGCCCCGCGCCUCGCCGUCGUCGCAUCCUCCGCCUCCGGGGACCCCGUCCGCCGUAUCCGGCGCCGCGUUAGAGGGUCACCUCCCAGGAAGACUCCCACGCCGGCUCCAACCCAGCCGUCCGUCGCGGAGGUGCGGCGCGCCAUCGGCGCCGACAACGACCCGUCCGCCUCCGGGAAGGAUAAGCAGUCCGGUUUCAUGAAGAUCCUCGCCUCCACGCCGAUCGGGCAGCCGGAGAGCGACGCCGAGCGCCGAAUCCGCGAGGCCGCCGAGUGGGUCGUCGACAACACAGAGGCGCGUGCACAGCAAGGGCAAAAGUCUGUCUUGGUGCUUUGUAUGAAGAUCUUUCCUCUGUGGUUCUUCCUCAUGCUUAUUGCCCUUGGAGUUAUAAAGUUACCGUUUGAUAUUCCUGGUCUGGAUAUGGAGAAUCUACUAAUGUAAAAUGUAAAGUGUUAGGUUGUUUCUUAACUUUGUUCUUCCAGCCAUAUGAGGUGUGGAUACUUGAAAAAACUGUGAUAGAUAUGUUUCACACUAGUGGAGUUACUUCUUAUGUAAGAUAUGAAUAAGUUACCCUUCAAAAAAAAAUGUGAAUAAGUUGUAUACUUGCUUCUCUGCUUUGCCCUCUUAACUUGGAGUAACAUGUGCUUAAAUAUUUUAUUCCAUCACCUGAGAUAAGCAAAAAAUGAUAUUUGUGAUGUGUUUUAUUUAGGAGAUGAUAAGAAUAACUUGUUAAUUUUAUCUAUGGUACACCCUAUUUACUAGAACCAGGAAGUAGGUUCAUAAGGCACAAAUGUGAUCUCAUUCUAAAUUUUGUGGACACAAUCUGUACACAUUCCAGAUUUUGUGAACGUCACACAAAGUUGGUUGAUUACUUUUGGAAUCAUUUUUCGUGAUUCUUAUAGCUGUUUCAGUUAAGGAUGAACUAUUAGGUUCACCCUAGUACCCUAGAAUAUGAAUUGGUCCAUGCGAUAUGAACUCAUGACAUGGACUGAUUUGAAUACAUAAGUAGAUGAGCUUAGUGCUCAUAUUGAUACAGAAUACAAUUUAGAUGCUUACUUUACUGAGUACUGCAGGUCAUACGCUGAAGUAUAUGAUCUUGCCAAAUAGCUCUUAGUGGCAGUAGCGAAUACCUAUCUCCCGGAGUAGCUCUCAAGUUAGACUUUCCAAUUCCACUGCUAAUGAUUUCUGCGUAAUACAAGUACCUUAGCAUUGAGCGAUGGUAAAUUGGCAAUUGUUGACCUUAUGUUCCUAUAACCUAUAUGACACAUUCAUAAAUGAACUUUUGGCUUCAUUCGAGCUCUAACAGAUUGCUAACUAACCACUAGGCAAAACCACAACACUUGCAAUGUUCUUGUAUCUCCUAGUCUCUGAACUGCAGCAUUGAAGUAAUACUGUUUGUCAUUGGCCUUUAGAUCCUUCCGUACGAAAGCACCAGCUGAGGAGAAAAAGAGUAGAAAAGAAUACAUUGUUGAACAGGAAAGUCAAUUCAUUAAAUAUCCCCAAGAAGAGUGUUCCAUUCCUUGCCGAGGUGAACUAUGUUAUGUUAUUGAUACGUCUCAUGGUCAAGGAGCUCUACUGGGAUAGAUGGGUGAACCAGAGGGCAUUGAUGAACAAAUCAUACCAUUAGCAUUGUUGUUCACAUAGCUUUUCAUAGUUAAGCAGCUACCCCUGCCAUUGUAUUUCUUCUGAUAAUCUUGGAGCCUACUUCCAUCUACUACGUUUACAAUUGAACAAGAAUAGAUAUUGCAUAAGCAUUUGUUGUUUUAUUCUUCCAUGUUGCUGUUCGGGACAUGCUGUUCAUUUCUGAAGAUAGAGAUAUUCUGUGUA